ACCAAUCAGGUCUGUCACGCCGAUCGGGUCGAGACACAAAAGCUAUGCGUACAACUACGGGAGGUCAAGAAAACACUUAACAGUCACAUAUGUUGCAUAAUGUAUGAUAAAUUUAACUAACAGAUGUAAUAUUGCAACCGUUGUAUCAACUUUUAUAAAACCUGUACAAAUUAGGUAUUGCCCCUUCCUUGAUGUCCAUCCUUAAUGUGCCGUAGAUUGCGUACUUCGUCGGUCGCCAUUUUCAACCGUUCUCGUAAGUAAGAGUGUCGUCAUUUUACUUUAUUGAAGAAAAAUCCAACUUACAUUUAUAAAUAAGCUCCACGCGGUUAACUUUGUCGUAUGUAGUAUUCGUGUAAGCAUGAUCUUGGGUCUCCAUUUCGACCAGGGGUUAUGAACACCAUGAAGUGCACUUCGAAGGGAACGGACGCCCUUUCAUCUGAAUUUGAAGGACCCUACGCUCUUCUUCUGAUGCUUCCCAAACAGCCAUUUUUCUUAACGGCGCCACCUAGCCUUGUGGCGGUUGCAAACAAAAUACAAACGCAGGGAUGUGGCAAUCGUUGCAGUGUUAUCGUUAAUAUGCUGUCCAACGUAAUAUCAACAUUGUUGUCUUACUACUAAAUUAUUAUAACUUGUCAUAUACAGCGCUUUAAUUUAAAUGCUUUCCAGUACCUAUGUGACCUCUAGAGGCAGCAACGCGUUCAAACGUAGUCCGGAAAAAGACGACCAAGAAAAAGGUAGUGACGUCACAUAUUUGGGUAAAAUGGCGGUUGAUUUGACUCCUCGAUUUCGGAGACUCAACAGCAAAACACGAAGUUUUCGUGAAAGUUUACGAUACAAUGGUUUGUCAGGCCCCUUUGGUGCCACCCAGCUGUGGCACAACAUCAUCCAAGCCCUGCACAGCCAAGUGGAGGUGCGCCGCCGGCGGAGGCACCUGCGCACCCACACCAAUAGCUUCACAGGCUCGGACGCUGUCGACGCCGUCCUUAGCUACCUGAUGCAGAACACAAACAUUUACGCUACUGACGUCUCCCGGCUCAAAGCCGCCCGACUAUGCCAGGCCCUGAUGGAGGCCAAGGUGUUUGAGCCGGUGGGCGCCAAGCUCUUUCGCCGCGACAAGGACGAGGCGUUCGAAGACAACAGCGGAAGCCUUUACCGUUUCCUGGAUUCUAAAUCUGAUAUGACGCAGAUUGGCAGCAGAGAUGUAGAAAACCAAAGAAAAGAUUUUGGGAUGAAGAAGAGCAAGCGGGCCAAGUUGAACGACAUGCUCACGAUCUCCAAUCCUUUGGCUGUUGGACCAUCUGACAAGAAGGUGGAAACGCUGCUCAGGUCCUUCAACCUGCCGCCUUCAGCCGCAACAGCCUCGACCUUUCUUCCCAAAACUGCGGUGGAGGAGGUGUGGAAGCAGCAGACGUUGCUGCAGCUGCUGCAGAUUGUCGAGCUGCCCAUGCUGGACUGCAUCCUGGCUUCACCAGCCAGGAGUGGGAGAGUGCCUCUGGCCAAUCAAGACCUGGUUAUUCCCAAUACCUACCUGGAGCGAGAGCUGCCAGACACCCUUCAUCUACCUCAUUGGGACGGGUGGCUGUCUGCAGCCGUGGACUGCCUCGAGCUGUUCCCAGACCAGCUGAUUGUGGUCGCUGGGGAGCAACUCCAAUGGCAAGAUGGCGCAGAGCAACCAGCAAGCCAAAAUAGAGUCCUGUUUGACAUCAUCGCCAAGUACUACAGUGGACGGGAAAAGGCUCCGAUUCUGUCAGGACGCUACCUGGACGUACAUGUUGCCAUUCUCAAGCUGCUGGAAGAAGCCAAGGUGCAUGACGCCAUUAAAGCUUCUCAGCUGUGUCUACGUCUCCUGCAGACGAGCUCACGGGACGAGCUCAGGCGUCUUUUAGCCUUCAUGGCGGCGGCGGCUCGCCCGCACGCCUGUCGCCUCCAAAAACAGAGAGAUAACCGCACAGUGAUCAGCCGCACUUUUCUGAAGGCUAUCGUCCAUAAUGCUGAAUUGACAAAAUCCCAGAGCGAGACCUUGGUGCUGUUUCUCAUGGACAACCACAAAGACCUCUUUAAGACUCCUACAUCCCUCAUUGAAGCUGUCCGCAGGACACUGCGGAUCAUGCGGGACGGCAAAGAUGCAGACUCCAUCGCCACGUUCAACUUCUGCCAUCAGGUGACGCCACAGCAGUACCAGGAGCAGCGCGAAGCCGCCACGCUGGAUAGUCUCCAGCGUCUCCUGCGGGACAUCUCCAUCAGCAGCAUGCCUGCCAAGGAGAAGAGGAGGAUCCUCAAGGAGUUUGAGAGGCAUCACCCAGCAGUCUUCCUCCAACAUCUCGCAAGCACUUUCUAAAAACAACACGACUGGACUUGGUACUUUAUGGCUCUUAUUAUAUCAAUAUUUUAAAAUGUUUGUCCAAUACUAAAAUGAUUUUUUUUUUUAAACUACAAUAACAGUUGUCUUUACUUGAUAAGCUAUGCUAUGCUGUGCACAUAUAAACAUUAGCAAUGUCUAGGUUUAAUCUUGAAUUUUCUAGGACUACUAAUUAAAUUUUUCCUUAGUUGUAGUGACAUUUUUUUUAAUUAUUUGUUAUCCCCUUAAACUGAAAGCCAAGUUAAAAUGCACUUUGUUUGAUUUUUCACUUGAAAUAAUGUAU